AAAAGAACUUAUCAGAUUUUGCUGCAAUUACAAGCCAAUAAUCAAGAAAUCAAACGCCAGAAAAGGGGUAAAACUCAGAGAGAGAUGAUUCUGGUUUGCAACUGUUAAGUUUGAAACUUGUAAAUUUAGGGCAAGAAAUUAGAGUGGUGGAUCUUAAAAAUGAUAUUGGAAGGCAUAGGACCUGAAGAUUUAUCAACAAUCGGAGGGAUCGCAACAGUUUCCCUUCUUCAUUCCUUCAUUCCUACUCAUUGGUUACCCUUUUCCAUCGUCGGCCGUGCGCAAAAAUGGACUCUUUCUCGAACCCUUUUAGUCACUGUAUUCGGAGCAUGUUUGCAUGUGAUAUCUACUGCACUUCUCGGCAUAACAGCUGUAACCAUGGCCAAUACCAUCGCGGGGGAAGAAACUGUGCAUAAGCUAGCUUCUUUGCUACUUGUGGUUCUUGGCGGAAGUUACAUCAUGUUAUUUCUAUUAGGAAGGGGAGGUCAUAGUCAUUCUCAUCAUCAGCCCAUGGAGAAAAUGGCUGUUGCUGGACUUGUCCUAGUGCCUGCGUUGUCACCUUGUGCAACCACACUUCCAGUGUUUCUAGCUGUCGGCAAUUCAUCCUCGAUGAUGAUCCUAGCCAUCAUAGUGCUUUUAUUCAGUACUAUCACUGUGAUGACCUCUUUGGUAGCUCUCUCAUAUUAUGGUGCAAGUCAACUGAAGUUUCACUGGGUGGAGCGAUACGACAAGCUUCUUGUUGGUUCUGUUCUGUGUUUGGUAGGAAUCUUAACUCUCAUUUUUCAUGAUCAUGAUCAUCAUCACGGUCACGGUCAUGGUCAUGGUCAUGAUGGAGCCAAAGAGCAGUUGUCCAGAAAGAUUCUGAAUCUUUAACUUUUCUUUUGUUGUGAACUUUUGUGUAUGGUUCAAAAGAUUAACAAAGUAUAAAUUUGUUUGUAUAAGAAAAAUGACUAGGUGUAUACGACAUUGCAGAUCAAAGUAUCUUGUUUUCCUCUGUAGCCUGCAAGAGUGCAAGCCCUGCACUAAGCAUCAGCACUUCCCUGUCUCUGUUACUUUCCACUUAUUAUUAUUAGUUGGAAAUAAAGUCUUUUUUCAUAA